CGGAAGUAGACGUGUAGUUUUCGGAUUGUGUCGCGGCUCGGCUGGAAACAUUGACAUUGUUUGUCAGGUUUAGCCGCUUCUCGGUUUCGAAAUGAUUUUAAGUAUGUUUAUCGCAAAAGUUUAGAACGGUUUGCUGUUUUGUUGUUGUUUUGUUUGUUUUUGUUUUUGUUAUUGUAAAAAAAAAAAAAAGAAUGCUAGGGCUGUAGGAUAAGAGCUGAGGUUUAGCUAGCUAGCUAAAUUAGCUCGAGCUGUCAUUCAUUGGUCAGAUGUGUGGUGUGUCCUGCACUUAGAACUUGCGAAACAACAUGAAAGAAGAGUCGUGUGAACAAAUAAGAGCUGCAGUAAUAAUAAGAUAACGGAAAGAAUCAUGAAUGUCUUGAGUCUUGAUGUGUGUAGUGAUAGACAGAGCUGAUUGUAUCACAGGGAAGCGUUCAAAUCUGUCCAUCCGUCAUAGGUUCAUUACUGUAAAUAAGAGUUUCCAGAAAUGUCUCCAGUCCCUGUCCUUCCCCUCAUCAUCAGCUGCUGCAUGUCUGUUCUGGGCUGCGUGGCAACACUCAAGCUCAUCCCAGCCUUCAAGGAGCACUUCAUAGCUGCCAGGCUGUAUGGCAAGGAUCUGAACAAAACCACAAAAAAGGAAGUGCCCGAAUCUCAAGGCGUGAUCAGUGGCACGGUUUUCCUCAUCAUCCUUUUCCUCUUCAUCCCCGUGCCUUUCCUCAGCUGCUUUGUGGGAGAGCAGUGUCAGCGUUUCCCUCAUAAUGAGUUUGUGGAGCUGAUAGGUGCGCUGCUUGCCAUCUGCUGCAUGAUCUUCCUCGGCUUUGCUGACGAUGUGCUCAACCUGCAAUGGAGACACAAGCUGCUGCUGCCCACUAUGGCCUCACUGCCUCUCCUCAUGGUCUACUUCACCAACUUCGGCAACACUGUCAUAGUGGUUCCCAAACCGUUCCGAGUCCUGCUGGGGAUGCACCUCGACUUGGGUAUCCUGUAUUAUGUAUAUAUGGGAAUGCUGGCUGUGUUCUGCACGAAUGCCAUCAACAUCCUGGCCGGGAUCAAUGGCAUCGAGUCCGGGCAGGCCCUCUUCAUCUCCGGCUCCAUCAUCAUCUUCAAUGUACUGGAGCUCAAUGGAGACUACAGAGAUGACCAUGUUUUCUCUUUGUACUUCAUGAUCCCGUUCUUUUUCACCACGCUGGCUCUCUUCUACCACAACUGGUACCCAUCGUCUGUGUUCGUAGGGGACACGUUCUGUUACUUUGCUGGGAUGACAUUCGCUGUGGUUGGGAUCCUCGGCCAUUUCAGCAAAACCAUGCUGCUCUUCUUCAUCCCUCAAGUCAUAAACUUUAUCUACUCUUUGCCUCAGCUCUUCCAUGUAGUUCCGUGUCCCAGACAUCGCCUGCCCAGGUUGCAGCACGACAGCGGAAAACUCGGGAUGAGCUACUCGAAGUUUAAACAGAAGGACCUUGGCAGGUUAGGACGGCUCAUACUGAAGGUGGCAGAAACAUUAUGGCUGCUGGAUGUGCGCAGGGGUCAGGAAGGAGACGAUGAGUUUAUCGAAUGCAACAACAUGACCCUGAUUAAUCUAGUGCUGAAGAUACUCGGGCCCACCCAUGAGAGAAACCUCACAGCCAUUAUGCUGUUAAUACAGGUUUUUGGGAGCGUCAUUGCUUUUGGAAUUCGGUAUCAUUUGGUUCGGCUCUUCUACGAUGUCUAGCAGUAAGCCAAGAGACUGCAUAGGAACAAGAAGACAGCUUCUACUUCCCUUUUUUUUUUUUUUUUUUUUUGGAAGAGAAAACAAACCAAAAAACAUUAAUAGUCAUGGUGGAUUAAAAGUCUGCUUCUAUUCCCACUUACACAGGGGAUGUGUUUACAAUCCACUUACUCUUACUACAGGUUCACUGGUCCAUUGUAGAAUCAGUGUCUUGGUUCUGAUGUUAUACAGUGGAAUAAAUUCUGUCUAAACGCUUUCGGGAAAAGUCCAUCUGGCUUUCAGGGAAAGGACACUGCAGGAAUGUACUCAAUAGAAACAUUACUAAUCAGAUUAAGGAAAAGGGGUGUGAAGUUUAAGUCACUGAAGCAAAUAACUCAGUCUUUACAUUGAUAUCUGCAAUAAUUUCUUUGGCUUAACUGGAAGAAGGAUACUAAUUUCAUUAUUUUUGCACUCGAAUUGUCCAAACAUGCAACUUUUAAAAAGAAGGUAGAAGUAAGCCUUCAUACCAGUUACCUUCUAUGACCGAAUCAUUAUGGUGAAGUUUUGAAAUUUGAAUUCUUUGGGUUUUUAUUCUUCGUGCUCCAGUGUUGUAAAUGAAAUGCCGAGCAGCAGAAACCUAAAUAUGGGAUGGUGGUUAAGUGAAGAUGUUCUUUACUCUUUCUGGUGUAAAACAUGGUGAAUACUAAGCUAUUAUAUGCAUAUCUCUAUUUUUCUUCAUAUAAAGUAACACUGAACCUUCGAUGGACAUGCAUAUGUUUGCUACGGGGUGAUGUAUGUAUCAGAAAUGAUUUAUAUACUCGCCUAAUAGAGAGGUUGAUUUCAAAUUAAAGAAUUUUAAAACAA